CCAGGAGGCCGCCGCGGUGCUGCAGGAGGUGUGCAGCCUGCUGGCGCACCCGGGGUCCACCAAGGUCACCUUUGAGCUCAAGCAGCAGCUGCUGCAGGCCAAGGCGGCGGUGGGCGGCCUGCUGGCAGGCAGCACCGAGGGCACACCAGCGCUCGCGGGAGGCGCAGGCGCGGGUGCUUUCUCAGCUGCGCUGGCCGCUUCUGGAGGAGGUGCUGCGGGCGCCGCUGCGGGUCAUCAACAGCCGCUGAUGCUUGAUGUGGCUGAUCCCGUUGUGGACGUGCGGAUACUGCUGUGGAUGCUCAACCCGGAUGACCCCGUGAACCUGCCGCGGGGCAAGUCCGGCAAGCUGACAGUGACCAAGGGCCUGGAGGAGCGCAUGAAGCAGGCCGAGGUGUGCGGCGCCAGCGCACAUGCCAAGGCCCUGGGUGUGCUCAGCUGUGCGGGGACGGUGGUACGCCAGCUGCCUCCGCGCCAGGCUGACGCGUGCCGCCGCGCAGCCAUGGUCCGUCACAUCUACCAGGACAAGCUGCCGCGUCUGCAGUCCGAGGGCUUGCUGCGGCCGCUGCUGCAAAUCGAGAUGCCGCUGGUGCGGGUGCUGGCAGCCAUGGAGGCUGCGGGGGUGGCGCUGGCGCCGCAGGUGCUGCGGGACCAGCGCGCGCCGCUGGAGGCGCGGCUGCGGCAGCUGGCGCACAAGGCGCAUGUGGCCGCGGGCAUGACCUUCGACCUGAACAGCCCCAAGGACGUGUCGGAGGUGCUGUUCCAGCACCUGGGGCUGCCGCCGCCGCCCUGCGCCUUCACCAACCAGCACCAGAAGCACCCCUCAACCAAGAAAGAGGUCCUAGAGGAGCUGCUGGAGAGCACGCAGCACCCCAUCCUGCGGCCGCUGCUGGACUACCGCUCGCUGCACAAGCUGCUGACGGGGUUCGUGGAGACGCUGUACAGCACCGCCAAGGGGCAGUGGCUGCGGCAGCAGCAGCAGCAGCGGGAGGGAGCCCGGGCACCAGUGCCGGAUGUGGUCAGGCUGUGCGGCACCUGGCUGCACACCAGCACCGCCACCGGCCGGCUGGCCAUGGACGAGCCCAACCUGCAGACCAUCCCGCGCCCCGUGCAGUACUCCUUCCAGCUCAGCCAGCAGUCGGGGGAGCCGCUGCCGCUGGAGCUUGGGGAGGCGGCGCCAGGCGCUGAGGCGGGAGGAGGCGGUGGCGGGCCGCGGACCAUCAUCAUGCACUUCAACCUGCGGACCGCGUUCGUGGCGCCACCGGGGCACCUCGUGCUGACUGCCGACUACAAGCAGAUCGAGCUGCGGCUGAUGGCGCACUUCUCGGGCGAUGCGGCGCUGUGUGCGCUGCUGCGCAACCCGCACCAGGACCCCUUCGUGCUGCUGGCGGCGGAGUGGAAGCGGGUGCCCGUGGAACAGGUGACGCCCGAGACACGCGUGCAGGCCAAGCGGCUGGCGUACGGCAUGUUGUACGGCAUGGGCACCACCACCCUGGCGGCGGAGCUGGGCGUGUCGGUGGGGGAGGCGGCGGAGCUGUCGGACAACUUCAGGCGUGCCAUUCCGGGAGUGGACCGCUGGACGAAGGAGGUGGUUGAGGAGUGCCGCAGCUGUGGCUUUGUGUGCACACUGCUGGGCCGGCGCCGCUACUUCCCGCGCAUCAACGAGCGGAGCUCCAAAGAGGCCCGCAGCCAGCGAGCGCAGGCUGAGCGCCAGGCCGUCAACAGCGUGUGUCAGGGCAGCGCUGCGGACCUGGUGAAGGCCGCCAUGAUCACCCUGCAGCGCCGGCUGGAGCAGCGGGGGCUGGCGGGCAGCGCACGACUGGUGCUCAUGGUGCACGACGAGCUGGUGCUGGAGGUGGCGGCGGAGCAGCUGCCCGCGGUGGCGGCGCUGGUGCGGGGGGUGCUGGAGGGGGAGGUGGCGCUGGCGGUGCCGCUGCCCGUGAAGCUGAGCGUGGGGCCCUCCUGGGGGCAGCUGCAGGAGUACGACCCGCCGGCGGUGCAGG